AUGCGCUGGACUAUAUACGUGUUAGCCACGGGAGCCGCCGUGCAGGCUUCGACCUUGACUCCACCAGUUCUCCCUUUGACAGUGCGAAAUCCGUACCUAAGUACCUGGCUAGGAAACGCAAGAGGGAAUCCCUGGGACCAGUGGCCUAUUUUCUGGACCGGACAAGAGGUGGGACUAUCAGUUCUGGCUGCAGUCUCCAAGUCCGAGACGGUGUAUCCACUACUGGGAAGAGCCCAGGACUCGUUGCCGAAGUCCGGGGAAAGCUUCAAUGUUUCCUAUCCGACCUAUCUAGGAGCUACCUUCGAUGCAUCGACUACGAACCUCACAUACCACAUCCCUGCUCCAACCUCUUCCAACGAGCCUGUUGAAGUCAUUCUCUCUUUCCUUUCCCCGGUGACUCCUACUUCCACGCUGCGACAAUCCAUUCCUGCUUCAUACUUGCAAGUACAUGUCACUGGAAACUUCGAAAUCGAGUUUUAUAUAGAUCUAAAUGGGCUGUGGGUCAGUGCCAACCGGGGUAAUGAGAUCGUCUGGGAGCUCAGCCAGAGCCCAGGCUCUGCUGUAACAGGACAAGGACCCCUCAAAACCUGGAAAGUCAAGAGGAAGGUCGAGCAACUGUUGACUGAGGAUGCCGAUCGUGCAGAAUGGGGUACAUUACACUUCACUGGCCCUGCCGAUGUCAGACAUGAAGCUGGAACUUCUGCCUUGGUCAGACAGAAGUUCUCGCGAACCGGAACACUUCAGAACGUUGUGGAUGGAGACUUCAGGGCGAUCAUGGACGAGGAACCAGUCUUUGCUUUUGCAAAAUCGUUCCAGCUCAAUGGCAACUCUGCUGCAGGCGGCAAGGCUUACGAUAGUGUCCUCUUCACCAUUGCCCAUGUCCAGGAUCCCGUCAUCCAAUUCGCAUCUGCCGGAGGAAUGGCUAUGAUGCGACCCUUGUGGUCAAGCUAUUACCCUACGGCAGAUGAGCUCUUAAAGUUCCACUACUACGAUUUUGACACCUCGUUCGGACUUGCCAGCAACUACUCUGACCAACUUGAAUUUGAUGCUUUGAAGUCCGGAUCAGAGGACUACAAAGAUAUUCUCGCAUUAAGUGCUAGACAGGUUCUGGGAGCAUGCAGCUUUGCAGGCACUCCCGAAGAUCCUCUCAUCUUCUUCAAGGAGAUUUCGUCUGAUGGGAACAUGAAUACUGUCGAUGUUAUCUACCCAGCUUUCCCGUGGUUUUUGUAUACUAACCCGAAAUGGCUGGCAUAUCUCAUGAACCCCCUCAUUGAGCACAUGCUUAGUGGUCAAUAUCCGAAUGAUUACACCAUGCAUGAUCUCGGUGCUCAUUUCCCAAAUGCAACUGGUCACCCAGAUGGAAGGGAUGAAUACAUGCCUGUCGAAGAGUGUGGCAAUAUGCUCAUCAUGGGGCUUGCUUUGGUAAACUCGCUGAAAUAUGAUACUAAGCCUGCUAGCAUUUGGUCGGCUGUCGGAGACGACAAGUACAUCGAGUCUUCAGAAGGGUCGGCAUUCUCUCUUCGCAUCGAUGCCGAUGGUAUGGACGACACGUUUGGUGGGCCGGUCUCUGCCAAGGGCCAGAAGCAAGCCCGGAAAUGGAUCCAGAACUCCUACAAACUGUGGAAACAAUGGACUGGAUACCUGGUUCGCGAGACCUUGGUUCCAGCAAACCAACUAUCCACAGAUGAUUUUGCUGGCUGGCUGGCAAAUCAAACAAAUCUUGCUUUGAAGGGCAUCAUCGGUAUCAGAGCCAUGUCUGAGAUUGCAGAGCUGGUUGGCGAGGCCGAAGAUGCGAAAUUUUACCGAAACGUAUCUGAGACUUACAUUAAGAUAUGGGAGGAAGAUUAUGCUAUUUCCAGUGAUGGUACACAUGCAAAGUUGGCCUACACUUGGUUUGGCAGCUGGACAACGCUUUACAACUUAUUUGCGGACUCGCUGUUGUGCUUCCACCUUCCUUCCAGCUCGAGUCUAGAAUUUACCGGAGCUCAAAAAUAUCUGGGAGAGCCAUCAACCUCGAAGACUGGAUUCGUCUCGGACAGAAUCUACAAGAUCAUGAGCGACUGGUACCACAAUGUUCGCCAGCGAUAUGGUCUGCCUCUAGACAGCAGACAUCUGUAUGCGAAGAGCGACUGGGAGUUCUUCGCGGUUGCGGUUGCUAGCAAACAGGUCAGGGAAGAAGUGGUGCAAUCAAUCGCCUUGUGGGUGAAUGAAACAUCGACCGAUCUGCCCUUGACGGAUUUGUAUGAUACCGAAGGAGACGGAGGGUUCCCUGGGAUUUCCUUCAAGGCCCGGCCUGUUGUUGGAGGCCACUUCGCCUUCUUGGCUCUGGAGAGAGCAUGUGGUGGAAAGGCUGUUGCAGCGUUGGGCUUCUUGGAUGACGAGCCCCCGAGGGAGUUUAACCUUUGUAAUACGGGUGGAAGAUUCGAUGGAGAAUUGUAA